AGUUCAGGACGAGACGCGGCGCUGCUUUCGAGACAACUAUUGCUCCCGUGGCGGCGGCUGCCGACCGCAACGCUGGCUCGGGCGGUGAGGACAGUUCAGACUUCAGCGUCGGCAACUCUGAGACCGAUGAUGACGUUGACCUGAAAGCUCUGACUCGGACAACUAUUACUUCUCCUCCUCUUCCUCCUCGGACAGUGACGAUGACGGCUACUACGGUGGCGACAUGGACAAGGAGUGUCAGGAUUUCGAAGAUUUCACGGUGAACCUGAUGCAUCGUUGUAACAUUGCACAGUUGGAUUCCUUCAGGCUGCACAUUGGUAGGCGCAGGGCACCUCAGUUUGCUCAUAAACAAGUAGCAGGAUGGCUCCGUCGUGCAAUGAAGUAUUGCACCCCAGAUCCUGCCAGUCAGCACAAGGGAUUGGGCCCCAGUCAUUGGCAUAUCAAAAGGCUGUAUCUCUGCUUUGUCCAUCUGGAUAAUCGUUUUGCGAAGCAUGUUACUUCAGUGUGCCGCACUUUGGAGGAUUUGGAGCUGCACAAUUGCAGUUGUCAAAUUCGGUCAGUCACCUCCGACUCGCUGAAGACCCUGGUUCUGAAAAAUUGCAAAUGGUGUAAUCUUUCUGAGAUUACAUCGCCCACACUGAAGACAUUGGUUAUUGAUGGCAGCUCAAAUACUGAUGGUUGUGUGCUGGUUAUCUUGACCCCUGCUGUUUCUUAUCUGCACCUGGCUGUGAGUGUUUACUUCUUUAGUGGUGGUAUUUCAACAAAUGAGAUGCCGUCCCUUGUGAAAGCUUCGAUUCAUCUACGAGAUCACAGAAAUAGUGUAUCUGAAAGUAAUAAACUUGGCGGCAAUCAAUUCAAGCUUCUUUCUAGUGUCUCUAAGGCGACCAGUUUAGAGUUGUCAGCUGUCGGGAAGAAGGUGCUCGGUAAGGAACCCACAUUCCUAGAAUUCAUGAACCUGAGGAACUUAUUUCUGGGCAACUGUGAUCUCAGGGGUGACUUCCGCACAUUGGGAUUCUUUCUUCAGAGUUCACCUAAUCUGGAGAAGCUCACCUUGCGGCACUGCAAGUUCCCAAAAUAUCCUGAGAAAAAGAAAGGGAAGACCAAACUCAACAACACCUCAUCUUCUGAGUUCCGUCGCCUGGAUUUCAUGUGCGAGAACCUCAAGGUUGAAAUCAUAUAUAAAGAUGGCGAUGGCCACCAACUCGUCAAGCUUCUGCUGCACGCUUCAAGGAAUCUGUCGAAGAACAACAUUAAACUCACCAAAAGUUAAUUAAGUUAUUGUGUUAGUGUCCAGGCCUUCUAUGUGGUUCAUGUGGAUUUUGCCGAGCACAUUGUAGGCUCCCUUCAGAUGCAUUUACCAUAUACUUUCUGACUCGUUUCUAAGUGAUGCAAGCCUUUGCUCUGGCGACUAUUUAUGCUAAUGAUGUUUACUCCUUUUUCCGUAAGGAUAUGAUCGUCUCUGGA